GGUUUAGUUAUUUAAAUAUUUGUUUGAAAGACACGGAAGAGGAAGGAAGAACAAUCUCCACCCUCUUUCCUUCAUCUGCCUCCAGGCAGGCAUACGAGACCGAACUGCAACAUGGCAGCGUUGAGGCCUCUGAAAAGGCCCAAGAUCGUCAAGAAGAGGGUGAAGAAGUUCAUCAGACAUCAGUCGGACCGCUAUGUCAAAGUCAAGCAAAACUGGCGAAAACCCCGUGGUAUCGACAACAGGGUGCGGCGGCGCUUCAAAGGCCAGAUGCUGAUGCCCAACAUCGGCUACGGAAGCAACAAGAAGACCAAACACAUGCUGCCCUCCGGAUUCAGGAAGUUCCUGGUCCACAACAUCCGAGAGCUGGAGGUCCUCAUGAUGAGCAACAAGACCCAUGCUGCAGAGAUAGCCCACAACGUGUCGUCUAAGAACAGGAAGUUGAUCGUGGAGAGGGCAGCUCAGCUGGCCAUCAAGAUCACCAACCCCAACGCCAGGCUACGCAGCGAGGAACACGAGUGAUCUGGGACCACGACUCUUUGUUGUUCAAUAAAUGAUCUAUACACCUGUCAA